AUGUCCGAUGCGCGUGCUCUUCUUCGUGCGAAGCGACAAGAAGCCCGAAUCAACCACCCAUUAGCUGCAUACACGUCUUCUGGACAACUGCGAUGUAUAGCAUGCGACAUGAACGUCAAGCACGCGUCCGCCUGGGAAGGCCACAUCGGUAGCAAGUCCCACCGCACGAACGCUGCUCGAUUACGGGAAGAGCGCGCUCGGGCGGCGCAGAGGGAGGAGGAGGAACGGGAGAGCCUGAAGCGGAAGGCGAUGGAGGUCGACGAGGCAGACGAGGACGCGGAGGACGAGGAUGCGUACAUGUCGGGGUCCGACGCGAAGAAGCGGAGGGUAGAGAGCGAGGAGCCCUCGGCCGCACCCACCGCUGCUCUAGCGACAGCAGGGAAGACGAAACGAGCCGCGAUCCCUGCGGACUUCUUCUCAGACCCGUCUAUGGCGCCUCCCCCAGUCGAAGAGGAGGACGAGGAAGAGGAAGAGGGCGCGGUUGGACCCGCGGGGGCACCCGCCGCACCAGCGGACGCGCUCGACCUCGAGUGGCAGCAGUUCCAGCAAAGCGUGGUCAAUGCGCCGGACUACCAGGAGACGUACGAGCGCGCGACGGUCGUGGCUGAGCCUGUGCUCGCGGCCGAGGUGCCGCAAGGAUUCCCCUCGUCCACCGUGGGCGGUAUUGCGGAGGAGCCGGAGAAGGAAGAGGAGCUGGACGAGGAGGCGAAGCGGCGGAAGAAGGAGCAAGAGGAACGAGAGCUCAUCAUGGAUAGGUUGAUGGAGGAGGAGCAGGCACAGGAGGAGGCAGAUGAACGGGUGUCGGUGCUCAAGAACAAGUUGGAGGCACUCAAGAAGAAGCGGGAGGCGGCGAGGGCCGCGAAAAAGGGAAAGCCCUAG